AUGAAGGGGUUAUCUGUGCUUGCACUGUCCCUCUCCUUACUGAUUUUCUUCUCAGGGGCCUCCCCGAUUAUGACCGAAAAGCAGGCCAAACAGCUCCUGAGAUCCCGGCGCCAGGACAGGCCGAGCAAGCCUGGGUUCCCAGAUGAGCCCAUGCGGGAGUACAUGCACCAUCUGCUCCGCCUGGAACACCGCGCCGAGGAGCAGUUCCUGGAGCACUGGCUGAACCCGCACUGCAAGCCCCACUGCGACAGGAAUGUGGUCCAUCCUGUGUAAGCAGUUUGGGCCUCUGCCAGCAUUUUGAUAAACAAUGGCCUGGAUACUGUUGAAACGAGAUGAGGCUCCUUUCAUUUCUUUUUUGGCUGUGGAAUGGAUGUCUUCAGGCCUUGUGAAUUGUAGGCACGGUAAAGGGUGCCUUGGGGAUUGAUGGCAAAUAUUUAUGCUGCUUCAUUUUACUAACCUGCACAACUCAUUAAGACCAAUCGCUUAAACUAUAGACCACCUCCCUCCGCUGCAAUGGCCUUCCUACCAGUUUGAAAGGGUGGGCAGAACGAGAAUCUUUCCUGGGGCUGACGGAGCUGGGACCUCCAGAACAGGAGAGGGGUUAGUGAGGAAGUCUUGUUUAACCACUUAGGGCUGCGUGGGUUUAGGUCAUUGCGUUUUUUUUUUCCUCUCCUUUUCUGCUCUAA